ACCCCCUACUCCAUGCGCCCCCAAAAUUUGUUUUCCCGGUGGCCGGGGGCUGCCGGAGAGGCGCCAGGGCGCGGUAAUGGGAACCAGCUGUCCCAGCUCAUGUGAUGCCUGCGCCUGGCCAGCGCUGCCGCAGCAGGGUCCCAGCCCCACGGGGGGGCAGGGGGUCCAAGGCCCAAGUGUUCGGCUCCUCCCUGGGAUGUGGUGGCCCACGCUGGUGGCCCUGCUGGUCCCCGCGGCGGUGGCCCAGCUGCACCCCCAGCAGGAACUGGACGCCCAGUGGGACCUGUGGAAGAAAACCCACCGCAAGCAGUACAACGGCGAGGCAGAUGAGGUGACGCGGAGGCUGAUCUGGGAGAAGAACCUCAAGUACAUCAACACCCACAACCUGGAGCACGCGCUGGGUGUCCACACCUUCGAGCUGGCCAUGAACCACCUGGGUGACAUGACCAGCGAGGAGGUGGUGAGGACAAUGACGGGCUUGAAGGUGCCCCACGACCGCCCACGUCGCAAUGAGACGCUCUACGUCCCCGAUUGGACCGAGAGAGCCCCGGCUACCGUGGACUGGAGGAGGAAAGGCUACGUGACACCCGUCAAGAACCAGGGCCAGUGCGGCUCGUGCUGGGCGUUCAGCUCGGUGGGCGCGCUGGAGGGGCAGCUGAAGCGGAAGACGGGGAAGCUGCUCUCCCUCAGCCCCCAAAACCUGGUGGAUUGUGUGGCCAACAACGACGGCUGCGGCGGCGGCUACAUGACCAACGCCUUCGACUACGUCCGGCAGAACCGCGGCAUCGACUCGGAGGACGCCUACCCUUACAUCGGCCAGGACGAAAGCUGCAUGUACAGCCCCACCGGGAAGGCAGCCAAGUGCCGCGGCUACCGGGAAAUCCCCGAAGGGAACGAGAAAGCUUUGAAAAGGGCCGUGGCCAGGAUCGGACCCGUCUCCGUAGGCAUUGAUGCCAGCCUGCCCUCCUUCCAGUUCUACAGCCGGGGUGUGUACUAUGACGAGAGCUGCAACGCCGAAAACAUCAACCAUGCGGUGCUGGCGGUGGGCUACGGCACGCAGAAGGGCACCAAGCACUGGAUCAUCAAGAACAGCUGGGGUGAGGAGUGGGGCAACAAGGGCUACGUCCUCCUGGCGCGCAACAUGAACAACGCCUGCGGCAUCGCCAACCUCGCCAGCUUCCCCAAGAUGUGAGCGCUCCCGGCGCACUCCCUUCCCGCGCUGUGCCCGGCCGCCCCCGCUUCCCUGCCUUCAGACUCUGCCUUUUCGCUCCCAAUAUCCAAAGCUGACAUUGCUCCGGGGGGGCAUCUCUGCCUCUCCAUGAGAAAUGCCCCUGGGGAAGGGGACAGGCCCCCCAGCUGCAGAUGAACGGUGCCAUAAGUUGCCCCCAACUCCGUUUUCCCGGGACUCUGGUGCUGUGCGUGCCGGCUUUCGCCUUCCCACGGCCGCAGACGAUCCGGAGUCUGAUCCAUGUGGAGACGCUUGUGCAAAUAGAUCCCGCGCUGGCCUCUGCCUCCGAGAACGUGCGGGGAGCGCCACGGGUGGAACAUCCCCUACGGUGAGCACGGAUCUGUGUCCCCCGGCUCUGCAUCCCAGUGGGGGCUGCGGAGAACGAUACGACUUUAUUUUUAAAAUAAACACUGUUGGGAAUAAAG